AUGAAUCUGCUGAAUUUGCCAGCGGAGAUUCUGGAGGAUAUUGCCAAAGAGGUAAGGCGUACGAAUAGCCUGGCGCCGUUGGCCCUGACUUGCUCCGCUCUUCACGCACUGGUUAUUCCUAUCCUCUACUCUCGGUUUGAAAUCGUAUGGCCACAAUACUCUAUGGAUUAUUCCAAGACUGAGAAAGCUCUCCAAUACGGCCUGAGAACAUUGGUUAUGGGCAAGAAUUUCUUUCAGUCAGAUACAACUUGUUCCUAUCAGCAGUCUACCCUACAGAAGCCUGCACCCACCACCACCGACAACUACAACAACAACCCCAAGGAGAAAGUUCGACGAGGAAACAAUUAUGCAAAGUAUACGCGCAAGUUCUUGCUAGAAUUUCACUGGCCAAGAUACUAUCGGGAUUCGGGGGAGAAUAACGGUACAUUGAUCGCCUUGGCAGUCGCUAGGAUGAUUCAUCUGGAAACUUUUAGUCUGACAGUACUUGAUAUUGACGAGCCUUUUUAUCUGGAAGAGAUGACUGGAUUGAUAGAGCAGUCGCGAAAUCAGCUCAGGGAGCUGCGCAUCGGUAUCGCUUCCCAGGCCAACAAUGAGGGUUGGACGAGGCCAUCGGACACUAUACCACUGAAUUCGUCUACGGAUUGGCCCAAACCUGGUGGCGUCCUAGAAAUCCUCACUGGAUUGUUCAAAAACGCUGCAUCUGCCGUGGCCGGUAGCACUGUUGAGAACCAGACUUCGCACGAUGAUACAUCUUCGAGAGAGGAAGUUCCCAUGCAUCAUGUCCAGCCAGCAGACACCGGAUUGUCAAACCAAGCUGCGGGUAAUUUGCAGUCAUCAGACAACCAGUCGAUCAAUCUGCGGGGAAGUAGUCAUGCUUUCCUUGAGCUCGAUGUCCUGGAGCUAGAGCGGGCUACCAUGUCUAUCCCAAUCAUGAUGCGGGUUAUGGAAUGGACUGAUCUAACUACGCUUACCAUUCUAGACUGUGGAGAGCAUGAACAGUUCUGGCGAGCUCUCCAUGAUCAGUAUAUUCCAUGUACGACCAGAGACUCUGCAGCCAAGAACGCAGACCAGAAAGGAAGCUGUAUUGGUACAGAGACACCCGACUUCUUCCCUUUGAGGAUAAAACAUCUCCACACAGAUGCUGUUUCUCGAUCUUUAAUCUUGUUCAUAAAAGAGGCUGUUGCACCGAACACCCUUGAAAGUGCGUUUUUACAUGAGGCUCCGUCUUAUUAUGAGUCUCCAGUUAGCAUUGACAGCAUCUACCGAAAUGUUCUUCGUAGACAUCAUUCAAGCCUGAAAAGGAUCCUUGUCUAUGUUGCUGGUUACUUGGAAGAUGAUUCAUCACAUUUGCGCAAAUGGAAUUUCAACCGGGUUAUACUCUCAUUCAUGAGUAGAAAGAUGCCACAGCUUCUUGAGCUUUCCAUGGGAAUUGAUAGAAGCGAUUAUGUCAGUUGA